CCUGCAUAUCUUAAUUCAUGACACCGAUUUAUUGUGAUCUCUUAUCAAGUUUAUUUUACUCGGAUGUAGAUAUUUUUAUUUUUUUUUUUGUAAUAUUGGCGCCAAAAUGCAAUCAUUUAUUUUAACCUAAAAGGCUAAAACUAAUUAUUUAUUUAAACAACAAAGAUUAAAUUUAAACAUAUCGAAAAGAAUUAUUUUUCAGUUCAUCGUAAUUUCAUUUAAACAUUCAUAUUAUUUAGUAAUUGUUUACUUAUUUGUGUUUUACUUUCUAUCAACAUUCAAAACGAAUCAACACCAUACAAAAUGAUGAAAUCAAAACCAAAUUUGCCAUGGUAAUCUGCACAUUUUUUGUAUGAUUAUUUUAUUUUAUAUAUCAGAUACAAUUGAUACUAUUAUAUUAUACCUAUAUAGUUAUUAUAUAUACAUAUUAACUGAGCCAUAUGUAAUUACAGGGUAGAAAAAUAUCGACCAAAUACUUUAGAAGAUUUAAUUUCACAUGAAGAUAUCAUUCAAACAAGUAAAAACUAGAUGGUGACAUUCAUUACAUAAAUAAAUAAUUCUUUAUUUUUGCUUCUAGUUGGUAAAUACAUUAAAGAAGAUCAGUUACCUCAUCUACUAUUUUAUGGACCUCCGGGAACUGGAAAAACUAGUACAAUAUUAGCAUGUGCCAAACAAUUGUAUACACCAGCACAAUUUCGUUCAAUGGUUUGUAAUAAUCUUAAUACAUAUACAUUAAAUGUCAUGAAUCUGUGUGCCUAUAAUAUAAUUUAUUUGAUGCUAAUUUGGUAUGUGCAUUGCAUACGUCGUAGACUUCGGUAUUUUCAUAUUCAUGUAAUUUGACCGAUUAAUGUUAAGUGAAUUAUAUUUUUAUUUUAUUGUUGAUUCUUGUUUUGCGUGUCUCAACAAGGUGGGAAAUAGGUUAGGACUGUCUUUACAGUAAAGAGUGAUCAAGAUGGGACUGCAAAUAAUUAUGAGUAACCCCUCAUGUUAUUUAACAAUUUAAUUUUCUCCUUGUACUAUAAUGUCAAUGCUUUAAAUACUUUAGGCUCCUGUAUUCAUAUUGAUAUAAUAAUAAUAUUUAUUGCUUCAUUAAUAUUUACAAAUUAAGAUUAAAUGUACUAUAGUUCUAAAAUAAUUUAAACAAUAUAUAAUUAAACAGUGACCCCCCCCCCAAAAAAAAAAGCCAAACUUAUGUUUGGGGUCAAUGAGUUCAAACAAUCAACAAUUGUAACUUAUUAUAAAUUAAAGUUAACUACAUACUAAUUAAAUGACUGCUAUAAAUUACGGUUAUUUGAAAUUUAAGGUAUACAAAUAUAACCAACACUGCUUUCAUUUUGAAUCUAGUUAUAUCCAUAUUUAACUUUCUACAUUAAUCGAUUCUUACAUUAACAGUAUUAAAUUUCCCAAAUAUCUUAUUAACUUUUAUAUAAUUUAAAUUACUUAAAGUUUUCAGGUGUGUAUUGUAAGCAUGAUGUGGUUUAAAAAUGUCCACAUCAGUUUUAAAUAAAUUCAAGAUUAUUUUUUAUAAUAAAAGACUUUUAAACUUAAUACUAUAAAAUCACCAAAAAAAUUAAUUGUUGGAUGCAACCUAAUUUUUUGCAAAAUUAUUUUUAUUAUUAGUAGUUUCUAAUCACACAAAAUGAGUAUUAUAUGUUCAGCUACAGACUUCUAUACCAUAACUAGCUAUUGACUGCACAAGUAAAAAAUAAACUAUUUUUUAUAACGAAGGAGACAGAUAAUGCCUUGGCUCUUUAAAAAUAUAAAAAUGUUUACGAAUUAAGACAGUAAUGAGUACCUUGAGGGACUCAAUGUUUAGUUAUUAGAACAUCACUAUAAACACCACUGAUUUUUAUUAUCUGUAAUCUAUUUGUUACGUAUAAUAUAAAUAAAUUUAAAGCUUUUCCUCUAGUAUAACAGCAUUCCAGUUUAUCAAUCAUAAUAGUAUGAUCAACAGAAUUAAAACGCCUUUAAGUCUAAAAAUAUUCCUUGUAAUUUUUUAUUAUCAUCCAAACUAGUAAGAACAGAAUUAGAAAAAGAUAUUGGUGCGGCAGUAGUAGUUCUUUGUGAUAUAAAACCAAAUUGGUUACUAGAAAAAAAUUUGUUCUUAUAUAGAAAGAUAAUAAUAUAUUUUUAAACAUUUUAAAAAAACUUUGGUGAUACAUAAGAUUAAUGAAAUUAGUCUGUAAUUGCAACAUUUUUUAUUAUUACCAUUUUUAUAUAAUUGGACAUAAAUAGUUUUUAUAAAUUAUUUUAAAUAUUUUUUCUUUUGUAUGAUAACUUAAAAAUAAUUAUCAUUUUUCAUUUAAAAUACUUGACAACUGUUUAACAAUUAAUGUUCAUAAAAGUAAGUAUUUUAUUGAAGAAUCUAUACAGAAUAAAUUAUGAACUUCUUUUAUAAUUACCACUAAAAAUAAUGUUUAAUAAUGUUAAUAUUAGUUGUUAACUAUUUCUUUUUAUGCCAAUAAAAUAUAAGGUGUUGGAGUUAAAUGCUUCAGACGACAGAGGAAUUAAUGUUGUUAGAGGUCAAAUUAUGAAUUUUGCUUCAACAAGAACAAUCUUUAAAUCUGGCUUUAAAUUAAUUAUUUUGGAUGAAGCAGACGCCAUGACCAAUGAUGCUCAAAAUGCAUUAAGAAGAAGUAAUAUAACUUAGUGAUUAAAAAUAAUAAUAGUUUAUUUUAGCUACACAGAUACAUUAAUAUUGGAUUUUUAAAAUUCAAUUACUGUUUAGUCAUAGAAAAGUAUACUGAAAAUGUUCGAUUUUGCUUAAUUUGCAAUUAUUUAAGUAAAAUUAUUCCUGCAUUACAAUCUCGAUGUACGCGGUUUCGAUUUGGUCCACUUGAUUUUAAACAAAUCAUGCCUAGACUUGAAUAUGUUGUAAAACAAGAAAAGUAUACAUUUAUUUAUUUUUUCUCUUUAUUUAUUAUUGUUUAAUAUUUGUUUGAUCCAUAGUGUGAAAGUAACAGAAGAUGGUAAAAAAGCACUGAUAGAUUUGGCACACGGUGAUAUGCGAAAAGUUCUUAAUAUAUUGCAAAGUGCUGCUACUGCAUUUUCUGAAGUGAAUGAAGAUACUGUCUACACGUGUGUUGGUCAUCCACUGAAGAGUAAUAUUAUGAAUAUUUUAAAAUGGUUAUUAAAUGAUGACUUUUCUACUACCUUUAAAAGUAAUUUAACAUUAAUGCUCAAAUAAAUCAAUACAGUAAUAACAUAACUAUUGUAUUUUCUUUUAGAAAUUCAAGAAGUUAAAAUAAAUAAAGGUUUAGCUUUACAAGACAUUUUAACAGAAUUGCACACUUUUUUAUACAGAUGUAUGUAUUAUGUAUCUAUUAAUUUAUGUUUAAUGCAUAAUUAUACAUUAUGAAAUUAUAAUUGAAUUUUAAUAAUUUUUUAAAAUUAUUUAGUGGACUUACCAUCAGAAUCUCUUAUAGAAAUAUUAACUGAAAUGGCUGAAAUUGAAGUACGCCUAAAUGGUGGUACAAGUGAAAAAAUACACCUCAGCAGUUUGAUUAGUGCAUUUCAUAUGAUCAGAUCAAAAUUGAAACCAGCUGAUGGUUAAUUUUAACCAAGAGUAAGUGUUAUUAAAAUAUUUGAAUAAUUGUUGUUCAUCUUUACAUCAUCUUUGUUACAUUAUAUAUAUAUAUAUUCAUUCAUUGCAAUUAGAAUAUAAUAAAAUAAAACAAAUAAACCAUAAUUUAUUAUAAUUUUUAUUCAAAUUAUGUACACAAAAUAAUUAAAAAAAUGUCCAUACAAAAAUUACUGAAAUAUAACAAUACAUUUGUAAAAAUUUAUGUAUAUAUUAUGUAAUAUAAACUAAAAUAAAUUGUUCAUAUUAUGUAUGAUUUCAAUAAAUAAUAAUUAUUAUUGUUAAGUAAAAGGAUAAAUUAUUCAAAUUGUUACAAUGGUUCAAUUAUUUAUUUACUGGAGGGAACACUUAACCUAAAAGCUGGCUGUUUUAUAGCUUGGAGAUCGAAUAUUGGCUAUAAUAAUUUUUUAUUUAUUAUUUGGAAAAUAGAGAUUCUUGGGCAGUUUAUCCAAAUAUAUUACUAACAAAGUUAUUGAAGCCUGAUGUAAUACUUGAGAAUAUUCCAGAGUCUUGACUUGGCUGUUUAGGUGCCAAUGCUAUUCCUUGUGGAUGAUGAUGGUGAUAGAAGUGAGGAACUGGCUGCCUGAAUGGGGUAUUAUCCUGUCUCUGAAAGUGCAUUAUAAUUUAAAUAGUAAUUCAAUUUUAUUUUUUAUUUUUUUAA